AACAGAUUGUUGAAUGAACAUGCAGGGGACUGCACUCUUGUUGAUCACCCUGUGGGCUCUAUCAUGUUCUCAUCCAAUAGCCAGACACCAAAGAGCACAUCACAGAAGCUCAGAGGAGCCCUGGGCUACUACAAGUGAAGAAAAGUCGAAUGAGGUAGCAGAUUCUGUAGAUACCAGCGAUGACGACCCUGGGAACAGGUUUGACAUAAGCCCAGAAAACACAGAAGACUCUGGCAUCAAUGAACAUGAUGGCACCAGCCAUGAGAGCAGGGAAGGACCCAGAAAAGUUUCCAGCGACAGCUUGGAGAACCUCAUAGAAGAUGUGAGUGACUGGAGUACUCAGGACAACGAUGAGAGCAGUUAUUUCAGAAUCCACCAGGCAGUGCAUAGGAAAUGGGCAGAACACAAGGACAGCAUAGAAGAAGCGGAUGAGGACGGUUCUGAUGGCCAUUCUUCUGACAGAGUUUCUCUGGAAAAUGAAAAUGAGAUUCAGGGCUCUGACCAAGAACAGCCCCCUUACAGUGAUAUCAAAAGUUCCAAAGAGCGACAUGAUGUGGAAAAUGAUGGCAUGCUCUAUAUACCUGACCAACUCUCAUAUACAUUCACUGGAAAAGGAGGGGACGAUCUGACGAAUGACGAAGACUUCAGCGGGGAUGGAAAUAGCGAUGAAGGCACUUUUGGGAAAGGUGCUGGGCCCACUGUCCCCCCAAACAAAGGGGAGGAGCAGCAACAUUCAGAGGGCGACAACGCUGUCGGCCGACGCCAUGACGACAGCAGCAGCAGUAGCAGUAGCAGUGAGAGCAGAAGCCUAGAUAAAGAGGAUAAUCGCAUUAGUCAUUACGGCAAAGGGCACGGAGCUGACAGUUACAGCAGCAGCCAAGAGGACAGAUAUGAUUUUGACGAUGAAGACAUGCAAGGUGAUGACCCCCACAUCUUUGAGAGCUACGACAGCGACUCAAGCAUGCUUCAUGGAGGCGUCCAUUCGAAAGAAAGCAGCCAGGAAAUGGGCAAAGCCAAACAUCAUAGCAAAUCUGUGGAACGUUUUGCCAGGAAAAUGUACCACUAUGUGGAUGAUGACUCAGACGAGGACCGCAGUCCUGAGCAUGACGACAGGAAAUACCUGCAAGAGGAUGAUGCUGACUCUAAGGAAGACAGCCGCUCUGUAGAAGAUGUCAAUCAAUCGACAGAAAAUGUCCUCAGUCGAUCCAGGGAGUAUGCAGCUAGCCAUUCUAGAGAGGCGGUGCAGAGUUCUUCCAGAAGGCACAGUCAAAGCCGGUCCAGAGAGAACAUUAACAGUCGAUCUAGGGAAGAUAAGGAUCUCCAGUCCAGAGAAGGUAAGCACAGUAGAUCCAGGGAAGAUGUGCACAGCCAAUCCGGGGAAGACAAGCACAGCAGAUCCAGGGAAGACAAGCACAGCAGAUCCAGGGGAGACAGCCGGUCCAGGGAAGAUGUGCAUAGCCAGUCCAGGGAAGACAAACACAGCCAGUCCAGGGAAGAUGUGCACAGCCGAUCCAGGGAAGAAGUCCUCAGCCAUUCCAGGGAAGAUGUGCCCAGCCAGUCCAGAGAAGAUGUGCAUAGCCAGUCUAGAGAACUCACAGCUAGUCAGUCUAGAGAAGAUGAGAACAGCCAGUCUAGAGAGGAUGAUGAUACCAUAUCUGUAGAAGACAUAAAGAGUGAAUCCGCCGAAAGUAUGGACUCCCAAGAAAAAACUCUGAAAAAGUAUAAAAAGAUAGAUGAUAACUCAAAGGAACAUAGCGCUAGUAAAUCUAAAGAACAGGAGAGUUCUUCUACUGAAGAAGUAGAAAAUGUGUCACAAAGGAGCAGUGAAUCAAGGCAGGUUAAGAGGCACCGGAGCCGAUCUGGAGAAAAGAGCACACCCACAGAAGAGAGUGAAGAAUCAAAUGAGGACACCAGUGAAUCCCACCAUGACCAUAGCAGAUUGUCUCAAAGCGAAUCAUUGGAGAGUGAUAAAGUUUCCCAGGAAAGCACAAGUAGUGAAGAUAGUAAUGACAGUGAUUCAAGCGACCUGAAAUCUGAAGAAGGGCAACAUCAGCACAGCCGAUCAGCAGAAACCAGCGAAUCCCAGGAGGGAAACAGCCACUCUAUAGAAAGGGACAGUAGAUCCAAGGAGGACACAAUGAGCAGGUCUGACAGUGACGAAGACGACAGCUGGUCAAGAAGCAAUGAGCUAGAAAGCCGGAAGUUGAUGCUUGAUAUUUAUCAUAACAAACCUUACAGAGAUUAUGAAGAUAAUGACUGCCAGGAUGGAUAUUAAAUGCA